AUGUUGAAGAACGAGCGCGUUUUAGACGACUUGGUGAAUCUAUUUGUAGACAGGCUUGCUGGUUUUGCAGAUAGCCAAGAUGCAUUUGACUUUGGAUUGUGGCUGGAGAUGUUCUCGUUCGACAGUGUGGGUGCGGUAUUCUUCGGCUCACCGUUUGGCUUCCUAAAGACUAGUUCCGACUAUGGCAAUUACAUUGCUGCGGUACAUACUGCUAUGCCAUUGAACUCUGUCGUCGCCAUGGCUCCUUUGUGGAUCCGUACCUAUCUACUCAAGAUGGGUGUUAUGAUCCCAAAGGUUCUCAAAGCAAUUAUAGCAGCGGAUGGUAUUCGAUAUACCGCUGUCCGAGAGACUGGUGUUGCGCAAGAACGAACAUUGGAUGCGAAUGCAAAUCGCACUGACGUUCUAUCUCAAUUACUGUCGAUCAUGCGGGAGAAAAGGACCAGCCUCACCAUAAAAGAGAUCCAUGUCGAAAUGUGGGCUGCUGUUAUCGCUGGUUCGGAUAGUACCUCCGGCGCACUUCGUGCGAUCUUCUACUUUCUCAUGAAGCACCCUGACAAGUUAACAGAACUUGUCCGUGAGAAUGACACCGCUUACCUAGAUGGCACGAUUACUCAUCCUACACAAUACAAUCAGGCUACUAAGCUGCCAUACCUCAAAGCUGUAAUCCAGGAGUCGCUAAGGCUUUGCCCACCCUUCGCUGUGCCUAUGCCGCGUUACGUCGGUAUGAAUGCGAUGGUCACGCAAUUCGAUGAAACCGUUUUUGGUAAAGACGCGCAAGAGUUUCGUCCCGAACGAUGGCUUGAGAGCGAGGAGCGAUUCAGAGUCAUGGAGAAAGCGAUGCUUGUGUUUGGCGCAGGCACCAGAACCUGCAUCGGCAAGCAUCUCUCAAAUGCUGAGAUGUACAAGCUGGUGCCAGAAAUACUCCGUCGCUUUACUGUGGAAAUGGCGCACGAUGAGCCGUGGAAGACGCAUAAUGCGACGUUCGUGCUUCAAAGCAAUGUGAUCUGUAAGAUCAAACGCAGGUCACUUGAGAGUAAACUUUCGUAG